AUGAACACAUUCAAUCACUCCAGAGGCGCUGUGAUGGAUCAACUAGUGCGUUUCAUGGGCAUGAGAAAAGAAAUGUAUCGCCCCGAUGCUCCUUCAUACAUGCAGCCCUUCGCGCCCGUGCCACUUGUACGGCAGCCGGUGUUCCAACCUGCUCAACUAAUGUGGCCAUUUGAUCCCGAAAGUGUAACGAUCCCACUCUGGGCCAGAGAAAAGUGGGAUACGAUAAAGCUGAACUCUAUGUAUUGUCCAGAACUGGUACGGGCCGAUCCUCAACGUGGUCCGUGUGUUGUGCCGCGGCCAAAGGAUGCUGAGGAGUUCAAGCGGCGAGUGUGGGCCUACAAACGGUUACUGAACAGGAACAGAGCGCGUCGGAUGUAG